AUGGUGCUGUCGGCCGCGCUGCUGCUGGCGGCCUCGGCCGGCCUCGGCCUGUGGCUACUCUGGGCUUGGGCCUGGAGCUGCUCGGGGCGGACGCGAGGCGUGGGCGGGGAGCUGGUGCGGGAGGGGUCUGGGAGCAGGGCCCUGAUCUUGACCGCGCACCCAGACGACGAGGCCAUGUUCUUUGCCCCCACGCUCCUGGGCCUGACCCGGCUGAGCUACCGGGUCUCCCUGCUCUGCUUCUCCGCAGGCAAUUACUACAAUCAAGGGGCCAUUCGUAAGAGAGAACUUUUGCAGAGCUGUGAUGUUUUGGGGAUUCCACCCUCCAGUGUAACAAUUAUUGACCACAGACAUCUCCCAGAUGACCCGAAUAUACAGUGGAACACAGAGCUCAUGGCUACCCUUCUCCUAAGGCACAUCAAGGCCAACCGCAUUGAUCUGGUGGUGACGUUUGACAGUGGCGGAGUGAGCGGUCAUGCCAACCACGUUGCCCUUUAUUCCGCAGUAAGGUUCCUACAUUCCCAGGGAAAACUGCCUGAAGGGUGCUCGGUCCUUACCUUGGAGUCUGUGAAUAUACUGCGGAAAUACAUAUCCAUCCUGGAUCUGCCCUUCACCUGGUUACAAACCCAGGAUGUCCUCUUUGUGCUAACCAAAAAAGAAGCACAGCAGGCCAAGAAGGCCAUGCUGUGUCACAAGAGUCAGCUCCUCUGGUUCCGGCAUCUCUACAUCAUCUUCUCCCGCUUCAUGGUCAUCAACUCUCUGAACUUCUUCUAACACUGUAGAGUCUCAAGCACCCAGGAACAGAGGCGGAGUGUUCCCAGGAGACAGGGCUCUCUCUAGGUCUGACCCUGACCCGCUCCGGAGGCCCAGCGGUCCAUCUACACCUGAAGGGUCAGCCCACAACUGUUUCUUUUCCCAAGGAAGCAGACAGCAGAGGUCAUCUCCACUGAGCUGUAGUCAAUAAGCAUCUGCCCUUCUCCACACAACCUGCAACUAACUGUACCAAAAAGCCUGAAUUGGUGGGAAACGAACAGAUCUGUGCCCUCCAGCUCAGUGAUUUUCUGGGAUCCGGGCCGGUUAAUAUGGGAGGGGAAGGACAGAGGACCAAUCAAGUGAGGGACAGAGGGCUGAUUCCUUUUCUUUCUCCAUUAAAGCUUUGAUAUGUUCA